AUGGAUUACGGCUAUGGAGAAGGCGAUUAUCAGGAAGAGGGCGUCCAAGAGAUGCAAGAGGACUCGGCAAUGGACAUGGACGAUGUGCCCGUCACACAAGAAGAUGCUUGGGCAGUGAUUUCCGCCUAUUUCGAAGAAAAGGGUCUCGUGCGACAACAAUUAGAUAGUUUUGAUGAAUUCAUUCAAAACACAAUGCAAGAGCUGGUGGACGACAGUGGCGACAUUCGAGUUUCUCCUGAAAUGCAACACAUGGUGGGAUACGACGAAGAAAAGUUUGAAGAUCAAGCAGCGAGCGCUACCAAACACGUUUUUGAGAUCCAUUUCGGUCAAGUGUACCUGUCCAAACCGACCACUGUCGAAAAGGACGGAACGGUCACCAAUAUGUUUCCACACGAAGCACGAUUGCGCAACAUGACCUACAGUGCCCCUCUGUAUGUCGAUAUUAGUCAAAAUCAGUACCACGUCCCUCGCGACCUCAAUAUUGCGGAUCCCUCGGAAGAUCUCGGAGAGCCCUUUCAGACCGAACACGCCCGCAAAGAGUUUCUGGGAUAUGUUCCAAUCAUGCUGCGGUCACUCUUUUGUGUCUUGUCCGAUAAGGACGAUGCCGAUUUGGGAGAUUUGGGAGAAUGCAUUUACGAUCAAGGUGGAUACUUUGUCAUUAAUGGAAGUGAAAAGGUUAUCAUUGCUCAAGAACGUCUGAGUAAUAACCACGUCUAUGCCUUCAAGAAGAAGCAACCGGCCAAGUUUUCCUGGGUCAUUGAAACCCGAUCCCAGGUGGAGAAUUCAACACGACCUGUGAGUACCUUGUACCUUCAAAUGUACCAAAAGGGUGGUCGUGGAGCGAUUGAGGGAAAUCAAAUUCGUUCCACUCUGCCGUAUAUUCGAACCGACAUUCCUGUAGUCAUUAUCUUUAGGGCGUUGGGAUAUGUGGCGGAUCGUGACAUUAUUGAGCACGUGGUGUACGAUUUGACGGAUGGAGAAAUGAUGGAUCUCUUUCGACCAUCUUUGGAAGAAGCCUUUGUGAUUCAACGGCAAGAAGCCGCCUUGGAUUUCAUUGGAAGACGUGGGUCGGCCAGAGACGUCACCAAGAAUGAUCGUAUUCGAUAUGCUUCGGCCAUUUUGCAAAAGGAAGUCUUGCCGCAUGUGGGAACGGAAGAGCAUUGCGAAACCAAAAAGGGAUUCUUCAUGGGAUAUGCAGUUCACAAACUGUUGGCUUGUAAAUUGGGAAGAUCCGAUGAAGAUGAUCGUGAUCACUUUGGAAAGAAGCGUUUGGAUCUGGCUGGUCCACUGUUGGGAGGUUUGUUUCGUCUGCUCUUUCGAAAACUUACUACAGAUGUCCGCCGACACUUGCAACGGUGUUUGGACGAAGGAAAGGUCUUUAACAUGGGUGCUGCUAUCAAGAGUAACCACAUUACGGAUGGUUUGAAAUACAGUCUGGCGACUGGAAAUUGGGGGGACAAGGGGAAUGCUGGAAAGGCAGGUGUUUCACAGGUGCUGAAUCGUUUGACAUAUGCGUCAUCGCUAUCCCAUUUGAGACGUUGUAAUACUCCCUUGGCUAGAACAGGUAAACAGGCCAAGCCUCGUCAAUUACACAACACGCAUUGGGGUAUGGUGUGUCCUGCCGAGACUCCCGAGGGACAAGCUGUCGGACUGGUCAAGAACCUGGCCCUCAUGGCCUACAUUACGACGGGUACCGCUCAGGUUCCUGUCAUGGAAUUUUUGGAAGAGUUUUCUACUGAAAACUUGACGGACAUUUUGCCAUCGGUCAUUGCCGAACCCAAUACCUGCAAGAUUUUUGUCAACGGAAACUGGGUCGGUAUUCAUCGUGAUCCAAAGGCGCUGGUGGAUACCUUCCGAUCGCUCCGACGAAUGGUAGAUAUCGAUGCGGAAGUGUCUAUUGUGAGAGAUAUUGCGGCCAAGGAAGUCCGCAUCUACACGGAUGCUGGUCGUAUCUGUCGACCUCUCUUCAUUGUGCAGGAUCAGCAAUUGAUAUUGAAGAAGCAGCAUAUCAUUCAACUUCAAGGAUUUGAUGGCGAAACAAAACUGACAUGGUCCAAUCUUUUGAAUGAAGGUAUCGUGGAAUACAUUGAUACGGAAGAAGAAGAAACGACAAUGAUUGCCAUGGACCCCAUGGAUUUGGAUUCUGAAGAAUCGUACUCUUCCACUUAUACGCACUGCGAGAUUCACCCUUCCAUGAUUUUGGGCGUCUGUGCUUCCAUUAUUCCCUUUCCCGAUCACAACCAAUCUCCGCGUAAUGUCUACCAAAGUGCCAUGGGAAAGCAAGCUAUGGGAAUUUAUGCUUCCAAUUACCAAGUCCGGAUGGACACAAUGGCCCACGUGCUGCAUUAUCCACAAAAGCCUCUGUGUACUACACGAGCUAUGGAGUUUUUGCAUUUCAGAGAGUUACCCAGUGGAGUGAAUGUGAUUGUCGGAAUUCUAAUCUACACUGGAUACAACCAAGAAGAUUCCCUCAUUAUGAAUCAAUCUGCUAUUGACCGUGGUUUGUUCCGUUCUUCCUACUACAGAUGCUACAUUGACCAAGAGAAGGCCAGUUCUGUGGGAACCGUCGGAUCUUUGAAUUCGGAAAUCUUUGAAAAGCCUUCGCACGACAGUACUCGAGGAAUGAAACAUGGUGAAUAUGACAAACUCGAUGACGAUGGCCUUGUUGCUCCUGGUACUCGUGUAUCUGGUGACGAUGUGCUGAUUGGAAAGACGGCUCCAAUGGAUAGCAGUAUGAACAUGCCAUCGCGAUACACCAAGCGUGAUUGCAGUACAUCCAUGAAGGCAAACGAGAAUGGUAUUGUCGACAAUGUGCUCAUCAGUACUACCAAGGAAGGGUACCGAUUCACAAAGGUUCGGAUUCGCAACGUUCGUGUCCCACAAGUUGGUGACAAGUUUGCAUCGCGUCACGGACAAAAGGGUACCAUUGGUAUGACGUACCGUCAAGAAGAUAUGCCAUUCACUGUGGAGGGUAUUGUUCCCGAUAUUAUUGUCAAUCCGCACGCCAUUCCAUCUCGUAUGACUAUCGCGCAGUUGAUUGAGUGUUUGCUCGGAAAGGUGGUUGUCUUCCAAGGAUGCGAAGGUGAUGCUACGCCAUUUACUGACGUUACUGUGGAAGAUAUCAGUACGCGGUUGCAUGCUAUGGGAUAUCAAAAGCACGGAAACGAGCAUUUGUAUCAAGGCCACACUGGUCGUGCCAUGAACGCCAGAGUCUUUAUCGGUCCAACCUUCUACCAGCGUUUGAAGCAUUUAGUCGAUGAUAAGGUUCACUCGCGAGCCCGUGGUCCUGUUGCCAUGUUGACCCGUCAGCCUUUGGAAGGUCGAUCCCGAGAUGGUGGAUUGCGUAUGGGGGAGAUGGAACGUGAUUGUUUGAUUACACACGGAUGUGCCAAUUUCAUCCGAGAUCGAUUCUUCUGCAACUCUGAUCAAUACAGAAUUCAUAUUUGCGAGACCUGCGGCCUCACGGCACAAUCCAACUUGAAGAAGAUGACUUAUGAGUGUCGCUCACCCGAAUGUGUUGGGCGCCCUACCAAGAUUUGUCAGAUUGAAAUCCCAUAUGCUUGUAAGCUUUUGCUUCAAGAAAUGAUGUCCAUGUCCAUCAGCACCAGAAUCUACACUGAUGUGCGCAAGACAAGAGACAAUUCUUACUAG